AUGCCGCGCCCAUUGCUCUCGUGUGUACUUUCUAUAUCCGUUGCAGCUUUGGCCCAUGCAACGCUGGAGGAGUCCUGCCCCCCCGGCUUGGGGUCCCGAUCGGGCAUCCUGCUCCAGCACAAGGUCGCCGAGAUUCAGUCAGAAGAGCUGACUGAGGAGCCAGCACCGUUGAAGACGUGGGCGGAACUGCGUGAAGACGAAGGGCAGGGCUUAGACGCAAAAGACAGUGAAGCCCUGACCCUGCACGACAUGCUCAAGCCGGCGGGCGGCAAGCCUCAGGAGGCCCACAUGGUUCCGCCAACGACGGUACAAAACGGACACUUUGAGCUCUGCCACCCCCAGCCGGGCAACGCCUUGGGACAGGUGUCUGAAGGCCUGAACGUCUCAUCCUCCUGGAACGAAGUCGGCGGCAGCUGCAGCAACUCAGAGGUGGUGUUGUUCUAUCCGGGGGAGACGAGUGCGGGCUUCCCGGGCUUCUCCACAAGUUGCUGCCCUGCAGACAAGGAAUUCUGCGCUGGCUGCUCAAAGCUGAACAGCGACAAGACGGGCUGUGAGGUUUGCAGCGGUGGCUUCACUUUGCGCAGUGACAAGACGUGUAUGGCUUGCGUGGAUCUACCCGGAUGGGCGAACAAGGCAGGGGAGAGCUGCAUCACCGCAAGCUGCACAAGCGAGAAGUACCAAGGCAUCAGUGCACAAGAUGCGUGCUGCAAAUGCGGAGGCGGGCAGAAGGAAGGCACCCAGUUCGCCUACUACGUCGCCCCCUUGGCGAUUGGGUCCACAGAAGUCAUCGGAUACCCGAUGCCUCGAACUGGCAGCAGCUUGCUCACAACAGGGGGUGCCUAG